AACCGAAUAUUGAUGAAGUGAGAGAGAGGAAGGGGAAGAGCUCUCCGACACUGACACGAAAGGUUGCAAGGCAACAGUGUCACAUCGUCGGCGAAUCGCAUCCCGCGGGCACGGCGGGCAUGCACAUAUACAUCACAGUCCACCAUCACCAUGUCCCUCCCUCCUCCAUAAAUCCUGGCGUCUCUCUCUCUCUACACCCCCCCUUCUCUCUAUUGACUCCUUCUCCCUCCCUGCCCUGUAGUCUCGCAAGAAACUCUGACACCUGCCCUCUCCUUGUAGCCCCCUCUGUUCAUCCCUCCAAUCCGCGAGUCUUCGGUCCUCCUUCAGCUGAGGCUCGCCGGAGCUCAACCCCAGCUGCAGCUCACCUGCCCGUACCCUCUUCUUGCCUUGCCCGUUGGGAUAGCCGUGAUUGCUUGCUUAAAAGUCCUCUGUCAAGUCCCGACCCGUUUGCCCCCCGUUCUGGGUUUUCCAGUUUGUUAUGAGAACAAGUAGAAGCCUCGAUUGUCUAUGAAGUCCUUAAAAUCAUGGAAGAUGAAUUUGAAGAAGAAGAAUCCAUUUCGUGAUGGGGGAAAAUGUGGACUCAAGAUGAAGCCAUUCCCAUGUAUGGGGAUACUAUGCAUAGGAAUGUUGUUUAUUGUGUACAGAACGAUGAUACAUCAAUAUCACGAAACCCAGAUGGAUGACAGGAUGUACGAGAAGAUGUACCCGUUUGAUGUGUCCGCGGAAAUUCACCUUUUGCCUUGGAAAUUGAGGAAUUUGCCUCGUGGUAUUGUACAAGCUGCGUCUGACUUGGAGUUGAGGCCUCUAUGGUCCCAUAGCAAUUCAAAGUCAAAGGUUGGUGCUUCCAGUGCAAAGAUUGAAUAUCCCACUGGCCAUUACUUACUGGCCAUGCCUGUUGGGAUUAAGCAAAAGCACAAUGUUGAUGCAGUUGUGCAAAAGUUUCUUCCAGAGAACUUUACGGUCAUCCUGUUCCAUUAUGAUGGCAAAGUGAACGAGUGGAACGAUUUGGAAUGGAGUGGGCAGGCAUUACAUAUUGUUGCUCAGAACCAAACAAAAUGGUGGUUUGCGAAACGAUUUCUGCACCCAAAUGUUGUUUCCUUGUAUGACUACAUAUUCCUUUGGGACGAAGAUUUGGGAGUCAAGCACUUUCAUCCAGCAAAUUACCUGAAGAUUGUGAAAUCUGCAGGACUGGAGAUAUCUCAGCCCGCUUUAGACCCGAACUCAACUGAUAUACAUCACAGGAUAACAAUACGUUCAAGAACGAAGAAGUUCCAUAGAAGGGUCUGGGAUGCGAGAGGCAGUGUGAAGUGUACGAACACUAGUUGGGGCCCACCAUGCACUGGAUUUGUGGAAGGCAUGGCCCCAGUUUUCUCGAGAGCUGCUUGGUUUUGUACUUGGCAUCUAUUACAGAAUGAUUUAGUUCACGGUUGGGGAAUGGACAUGAAACUUGGGUACUGUGCACAGGGUGACCGAACAAAGAAGGUUGGGGUUGUCGAUAGCGAGUACAUAGUUCAUCAGGGUAUACAAACUCUUGGUGGAGGCGGCCAUCCUGGGAAAAAGGCUUCAUAUUCUGAAGAACAAUCGAAGAGGCACAGUUCUUCUGUUGAUGUCCGAGCAGAGAUCCGGAGGCAGUCAACGCGGGAGCUAGAUGUCUUCAAGAAGAGGUGGAACAAAGCGGUGGAAGAAGACAAGGACUGGUCUGACCCUUUUACGAAGGACUCGGUCGUCCCUGGAGACGAAUACAUGAGGCGGAGGAAAGCCAAGCGCCGCCGUAAGCAUCGGGCAUGAAAUGGUUCGUUCAUAGGUUGAAUCUGGUCGGGUCAAUACGGUUUAGAAUAAAAUCUUCUUCACACUUGUAAUUGUAGGGUAUAUGGCAUACAUUGAAUGCUGAUGAUUAAAUUCAUUAAUUCCUUAACAACCCCACUGGUCUAAUCUUUAGAUCUGAAAGCUUUCUGGCCGUUUUGCUCGCUUUCUCGGUCUCAUCUUUCUGACCAUUUAUAAUGGCAAGUCCGGUUCUCCGGUCAUACUUGCAAUAUGUUAAUUUGUAUAGUAUAUAUCUACGGGGUUCUAAA